AGUGCAGGAAUGCAGUGUACUUCAAACAGAGAUCACCAUGGAGUUCAGACGAGCCUGCCUGCUUCUCUGGGUCCUCUGCUGUGCACAAGUCACUUAUCAACAGAAAAAGCAAAGGCAGACAAGUAAAGCAGAUGUAGUUACCAUGAAAAUGUAUGAAGAGCUGAAGAAGGAGAUCCAGAACAUCGUGAAUGAGAUAACCCACCUGAAGGAACAGCAGUCAUUGCAGACAAUUUGUUUGAAGGGCACCAAAGCACUCAACAAAUGUUUCCUGUCCUUCUCCGAGCCAAAGAACUAUCACCAAGCCAGUGAUGUCUGCAUUGCACAAGGGGGAAUCCUGAGUACAGCAGACAAUGGAGAUGAGAAUGACUUACUGUAUGAAUAUGUGCGUAGGAGUUUAGGUUCAGGGUCAGAGAUCUGGAUAGGCAUCAAUGACAUGGCUAAUGAGGGAGCUUGGGUUGAUAUGACCGGGAGCCGUAUUUCAUUCAAACAUUGGGAGACUGAAAUAACCACCCAGCCUGACGGUGGGAAGCAGGAGAACUGUGCAUCUUUGUCUGCCGUCGCAAUUGGCAAGUGGUUUGACAAAAACUGCAAAGAUGAAUUGCCCUUCGUUUGCCAGUUUGCAAUUGUUUAGAUGUAAUCCCUUCUGUAUUCUGCUAAAUUAGCCAUGCUUAAGAGCAAUUAUGUAGUAAAACGCACACAAUAAGCUCAGUCAGCUGAAAAAUAGGCUCUUCUGGAAGAUUUGUCCUUAUGACAAAGUAUAAAAUUAAGCCAAGACAUUAACUUGCUGCCACAUGUAUAUUUAUUUACACAUUCUAUAUUGUAUAUAGCUUUAUGACAGUGGAAGUAAUUAAGGUCAAGUGCCAUCAGUAAUUCUAUUAUGUAAAAUGUAAACCAAUAAAGUAUUUGUAGUUCUGUUCAUAAUACAA